AUGGAGAAGGCAGAGCUGAACAAAGAUAUGGCUAGAUUCUGCACAACCAACCAGUGUGUCUCCCUACAGCCCCAAGGACUGGGGCCUCAGUCAGCUGCUCCCAUGGCUCCCAGGACACUGCGGCACAUCCAGGCCAUUAUGGCAUUAAUGGUGGUGACUAUGUUCUUCUCUCUCCUUGCUCUUUUUGUGGCGGAUCAUUCCCAGUCUGUCAGGGAGAGAGACAUGCAAGAGGCUAUCCAGAGGGACCAUGAGGAGAGUUCUAGCAGCUGUCACAAGGAGAUACAGAUACUGAAGUACCAAAUGGACAAUGUCAGUUCUCAGGUGCAGUUGCUUGGGAGCCAUCUGGAGGAUGCCAGUGCUGACAUCCAGCAGACAAAAGAUGUGCUGAAGGGCUCCGGAGCCUUGGCUUUGGAGACCCAGGCACUGAGAAACUCCUUGGAGGUAGCCAGUGCUGAUAUCCAUAGUCUGAGAGAAGAUUUGGAAAAGGCAAAUGCUAUGACUUCCCAGACCCAAGGUCUCUUAAAGAGCAGUACAGAAAACACCAGUGCUGAGCUCCACGUGCUGGGCAGAGGCUUGGAGGAAGCCCAGUCUGAGAUCCAGGCAUUGAGGGGAAGUCUGCAGAGUUUAAAUGGCCUCAGCUCCCAGACCCAGGGCUUUCUCCAGCACAGCAUGGACAACAUUAAUGCUGAGAUCCAGGCUGUGAGAGAUGGUAUGGAAAGGGCUGGUGGUGAGAUGAACUCACUAAAGAAAGAUCUGGAAACACUCACUGCUCAGACUCAAAAAGCCAACGGCCACCUGGAGCAGACAGAUGCCCAGAUCCAGGGCUUAAAAGCUGAGCUGAAAAGCACCAGUUCCUUGAACUCCCAGGUUCAGGUGGUCAGUGGCCAAUUGAAAGAUGCCAGCAGAGAGUUACAGACUCUGAGAAGGGACCUGAGUGAUGUCUCAGCUUUGAAGUCCAACGUCCAGACACUACAGAACAGUCUUCAGAGGGCCAAGGCAGAGAUGCAAAGUGUGAAAGCAGAUCUGCAGGCAACCAAAGCUCUUGCUGCCAAGAUUCAGGGGGAGCAGAAUCGCCUGGGGGCCCUGCAGGAAGCUGUGGCUGCACAGAAGCAGGAGCAGAAGACUCAGAGUCAGGUUCUCCAGCUGAUCAUGCAGGAUUGGAAGUACUUCAAUGGAAAGUUUUACUACUUUUCUCGUGACAAGAAAUCGUGGCAUGAGGCUGAGAAGUUCUGUAGGUCUCAGGGAGCACACUUGGCUUCAGUGACCUCUCAGGAGGAGCAGGCAUUCCUGGUACGGACCACGAGUGCUGAGUUCUAUUGGAUUGGGCUCACUGACCAGGGCACAGAGGGCAACUGGCACUGGGUGGAUAGUACACCAUUCAACUAUGUUCAGAGCAAAGGGUUUUGGGGGAAAAGUCAGCCUGACAACUGGAGACACAGGAAUGGAGAGUAUGAAGACUGUGUCCAUAUGCAGCAGCAGUGGAACGACAUGGCCUGCAGUUCCGCCUACCCCUGGGUGUGCAAGAAGUCCACAGAGUGGCCUGCGGCCAGAGUGGGCCAGAACUGAGUCUGUCCUCCCUGAGACUCCUACAGCCUUGAUCUCACUUCAGGGCUUCUGUGUCCCUGUUGUUCCGCCAUUUAAAACAUGCUCGCCUCCUCCUUAAAGAAAAGCCCUGCAUGCCGGACUCCACUCAACACCCCGACAUGUUUGCCCAGAUAAGCCCUUAAUAAACACUCAUUGAAUGGA